AUGAUGGACUUUUUCAUUGCCAAGAAUCACAACACUUCCGAAAGUCCAGUCAAAGUAGAACUUCUUACUUUGAAUACUAAGAAGGAGAGCCAAAAUGGAUUUGAUUCGAUGAAGGCCUUGGCUGAGCCCACGCCAGCCGCGCCCUCUCCAGAGCCAGUGUUCAGUGGUUUCAAUUAUUUGCCGAUGGAACUACUGCUGAAAAUAAUGAAACAAAUCUCGGUCGACGAUCGUCUAGCGUGCGGACAGACAUGCCAUCGGUGGAUGGAGGCGGCACACUACUACCUUCCGUUCAAUCAACGCAUCGUGUACAAGUUCACCAACGUCAACUUCACCGACUACGAGCCACCGAUCAAGAAUUUCCUCGAUGCGUUCAGAAUCUUCCCGCGUAUCGCCAUCAAAUCGUGCACCUUCUACGGGAACAGUCAGUUCUGGUCGCUUUUUGGAGAGUACGUGAUUGAGCUUUCGCUGAAGAACUGCCUGAUCAAGGACACCGAGCUCCUGUACAUCUUGGAGAACGUGCCAAAUCUGCGCCAACUGAAAAUAGAGCAGUGUGACGAUCUGUUUCGCUCGUGGUAUUUCGAGAAACGGAUGAGCUGCUGCCAGUCUCACUUUGUUCUGCCCUGCUUGGUGGACGUGUCGCUCGCGAACAAUGACUUCUUGGACGAGCUGCACUUCAACAAGCUGAUGACCCUAGCGCCAAAUAUUGCGCACUUGGACAUUUCACACUGCUUCAAGAUGAUCGCUUCCCACCGGCGAGUGGCCAUGGUUGAGCACAUUAUGCGGUUCAUCAACAUGCACCAGUUCCAGCUGCUAACGCUCAAGUUCAGCGGAACCCUCGCGAUAGACGACAUUUGCCUUAGUACGCUCGCGAUGAUCGAUGGGUUGAGCUUGGACACGUUCAGUAUGACGUUUUGUGAUAAGAUUCCUGCGGCGAUCAUAGAUCUGUUGCGUCGCCAACCGGAUCUCAACAUAACGCAGGAUCUUGAGUGGAAGGUGGGCCGUCACCCAAUUAAGGCACCCGGGUUCAUCAGUUUUCUGGUCCGGCAGACAAACCUUGUGCAUCUUGAUUUGACCUCUUCCCUGGGCGUUACCGAUGAGGUGAUGGAACUGAUCACGACCUGUCUGCCCAAACUGCAAACACUCAAACUACGCCGCUGCAUUCUGAUCACCGAUGAGGGCAUUAUGAACAUUGUAAAUCUUCAGCAUUUGGAGGUACUCGACCUGUCCAACUGUUACCGCAUCUCCGAUCAAGCCAUGUACCGUGGGGUCAUUGGGAGGAAAAUGAAAAAUUUCACCGAGCUGUACCUUUGCGAGCUCCCAACGUUGAGUGAUUAUUCGCUGAUACAGGUGACGCUCAAUUAUGAAAUGAUACAAAUCUUGGACCUAAGCAAUAGCCCGAACGCGGCCACUGAUGCUACGAUGCAGUACAUCAACUACUACCUGGUGUCACUGAAGCAGCUCCAUCUUUACUGCUGCACCAAACUCACCGAUUCGGGUCUCACUGGGAUUGAUCUUCCCGUGAAGCCAAUGAUCACGUGGGAUCAGGAGGAAACGUUUCCACUGGAUCGUUUAUUUAAACUGCGAGUGCUGAAUCUGACCGGAUGCUAUCGAAUUUCGGAUUUGUCUCUGCAGAAUGCCUUCAAGUUGGCGGAGCUGAAAGAGUUACAUCUAGCUCGCUGCUAUCAGAUAUCGGAAGAGGGCAUUCGAGUGCUCUCCGAAAGCGCGAAAGCGCUGGAAUUCAUCGACCUUAGCGAGUGUCCCAACAUCAACGAUAGCUGCAUCGAAAUGCUCACGUCCAACCUGAAGCGGCUGCGGACACUGAAGGUUAACAAGUGUCCAAAGCUGACGAACGCCUGCCUGGAGAUCAUCGGCCGGAACUGCAGCUAUCUAAAGUUCCUGCACGUUAGUGCCUGCCCGCGGUUGAAGAAGCCCAAGGAGCGCCUUGCGCACCUGACGUCUUUGAAGGCGGUCUAUGUUGAGUGGUAG